GCCCUGGCCGAGGCCCAGCUUCUUCCGCCGCUUUCUGCUGCCGUCGCCGCUGCCUGCGUGUCGGGGAGAAGCCCUAAGUAACAGAUGCGGGUAAAAGAUCCAUCGAGGGCUAACCCUGAAAAAAACAAGAGAAACAAAAGGCCUAAUAGGCCUCAGGAUGAAGACUCUUCAGAUGACAUUGCAGGUUUAACCUGCCAACAUGUAAGCCAAGCAGUGGAUGUGCAUCAUGUGAAGAGGGCAGUAGCUCAGAAUGUUUGGUCAAUAUGUUCAGAAUGUUUAAAAGAAAGGCGAAUAAAUGAUGGCGACCCAGUGAUUCCUUCUGACAUAUGGCUGUGCCUCAAAUGUGGCUCUCAGGGUUGUAGUCAAAACUCAGAAGGCCAGCAUUCUCUGAAACAUUUCCAAACUGCUCGCACAGAACCUCAUUGCAUUGUAAUCAAUCUCAGCACAUGGAUCAUAUGGUGUUAUGAAUGUGAUGAAGAGCUGUCAACACACUGCAACAAGAAGGUUUUGGCUCAGAUAGUUGACUUUCUUCAGAAACAUGUUUCUAGGACUGAACCAAGUUCAUCGUCAAAAAUUAUACGACUUCGCGAAGAAAAUAAUGAAGGAAGUGAAAUAUUGAAAGGAAAAAGUUCUGCAAAUGGCGCUUCAAUUCCAGUUAAGGGGAUAAAUAAUUUAGGAAAUACAUGUUUUUUUAAUGCUGUCAUGCAGAAUCUGGCACAGACUCACAUGUUAAAUGAACUAAUGUAUGAGAUGAAGGAAAAGGGAAUAAAGUUAAAAAUCAGUCAAGCUGAAGAUGCGCAAUUGGAUCCUUUGGUGGUGAACCUCUCAAGCCCUGGACCAUUGACUUCAGCCAUGUUCUUGUUCCUUCACAGUAUGAGGGAAGCUGGCAAAGGCCCUCUUUCUCCCAAAGUUUUGUUCAGCCAGCUCUGUCAAAAGGCCCCUCGGUUUAAAGGGUUUCAACAGCAGGAUAGCCAAGAGCUUCUCCACUAUUUGUUGGAUGCAAUGAGAAUAGAAGAAACAAAGCGUAUACAAGCUGGUAUCUUAAAAGCAUUCAACAAUCCAACAACUAAAACUGCAGAUGAGGAAACUAAAAGAAAAGUUAAAGCAUAUGGAAGAGAGGGUGUGAAGAUGAACUUCAUAGAUAGGAUCUUUGUUGGUGAAUUGACUAGCACUGUCAUGUGUGAGGAAUGUGAAAAUAUUUCCACAGUAAAGGAACCUUUCAUUGAUCUUUCACUCCCUAUAAUAGAGGAGAGGGUCUCAAAACCCGUGCCUUUGGGAAGGACAAGUAAAUGUAAAAACAUACAAGAAGCAGAUCUUGGUCAGUUCAACUGCUCUGCUAUUACUGCGCCAAAUAAUCAACAACCAAAAAUCACCAGGAGACACUCUUUAACAAAAGAUAAGAAUCAGUUAAAUCAUGAAAGAAGUCUUGCCAGGAAAUCCUCCUCUGGGGAGGAGGAGAGAAGUCCAGUUAUCAUGCAUGAAAAAAGAAAGCUUGAAGUAGAAGGUGGUUCUGGAGUUUUGUAUUCUGAGGCCAUAAAUACAGCUACUGUAUCCACAGCAAAUGGAAGUCAGACUGAAGGCAGUGAAAAAGAAGUCAGCCGUUCAGAAAGUAGCGUUGAUGCAGACAGCGAAGCCUCAGAAGGUGAAAGUGCUGCUAAGCGAGCAGUUACUGGUAGAUCCAGUAACGCAUCUGGUUUGCACGUUGACGGGCUUAACCACUUGGUAAACAUUAGACUGCCACACAACAAACCAAGUGACAGUAAUAAUGAGAUGAUCACCAGUGCCAUAUCCAAGCUCAGCUUCAACAGUAUUGUCAAUGAAAGCGAAGAACCCGUCAGUGGGGAUCCAUCAUUAAGUUUGUCAAACAAUUCCAUGUUUUCAGUGGAAAAGUCCCCUUUGUCCCAAAGCCCUCAAAAUGCUUUUCAGACUCUUUCUCAAAGUUAUAUAACUAGCUCUAAAGAAUGUUCUGUUCAGUCCUGCCUCUACCAGUUUACAUCUGUGGAGCUGUUAAUGGGGAACAACAAGCUUUUAUGUGAGAAUUGUACAGAAAGGAAACAGAAGUAUCAAAAGAAAACUCACACCACAGAAAAGAAAACCGAUGGCUUAUACACUAAUGCCCGGAAGCAACUGCUGAUUUCUGCGGUUCCUGCCAUUCUUGUUCUCCAUCUGAAAAGAUUCCACCAGGCUGGUUUGAGUCUCCGGAAAGUAAAUAGACAUGUGGAUUUCCCACUGAUUUUAGACUUAGCACCAUUUUGUUCCGCUUCCUGCAAGAAUGUUACAGAUGGAGCAAGAGUUCUGUACACUCUUUAUGGAAUAGUGGAGCACAGUGGCUCAAUGCGAGGCGGUCACUAUGCAGCAUAUGUGAAAGUCAGAACACCUUCCAAGAAAUUAUUGGAGCACAUUGCUAGCAAUAAAAAUGUUCAAGGUUUAAAGGAAACUGUGGGAGCAUCAGCAGGACAGUGGGUGUAUGUUAGUGAUGUCCAUGUACAGAUGGUUCCAGAAUCAAGAGUACUAAAUUCACAAGCUUAUCUGCUGUUUUAUGAAAGAAUAUUGUAA